GGGCGCAGCCUGAUCCAUUUGGCCUGCACAACGCCGAAUAUGAAGUGGCUGCCGCUGGUCGAGCUCCUACUCACACUCGAUCCAGCCGUCGUGGAUCUGAAGGAUUCCAAGGGUGCAACUUGCCUCGACCUGCUGCUGAUGCAGGAGCAGCGAGCGGACAACAGUUUUUGGUACAAGAACACCUCCGAAGAAGAUGAAACAGCGGCUCAAGGUCGACGAAAUUAUAACAAGAUGUCUCUUGGCUCCACCCUCUUGGACUUGCUCGCCGAGCAUGGCGCGACUGUCAGCCAGGAGAGCGUAAAGAACGUCCUUUGGAGCUGCAAAAAGAACAAAGGCGGCAACGCCACGGACCGAAGGAACGUGUUUGCAUUCGUAGCCCUUCUCGAGAGGUUUCCGACUGCGGUGGUGCGAGGAUUGCUCGGGCAUGCCAAGAUGGAGAUGGUAGAUUAUCACAAUGGAAGCACCACAGCAGCCCUUGGUCUUGCCAAGAUGGAUCAUAUUGAGGUAAGUGGACGUGGACUAUGUCUCGACACGUCCGCGUGGAGUGAGCUGGAUUCUCUGCGUUUGAUCAAGCAUCUGCGGGAGAUUUUCAAGUCGUAUUUUCAGAGGAAACAGCCUAUGGCGUUCCCGAGUCUCAAGGAGGUGCAAGCCCUGGUAGAACCUCUGGAGCGCUUCUUUGGACGCUCCAUGCUGUCGCAGGCCUUCUCUUCGCAAGACCCGGAGUGCUCAGACUCCCCUCUUGCGGCUGCCCACACUUAUCUUGCUUCAACAUCACGAGUAGAAGAAGCUGAAGGCAAAGCGAAAAAAGAGGUGCACUCGCUCUUGGUGUCCCGCCGCGCGUAUAACUCGCAAUUGUGCCGGUUCCAACACUCCCUGGUCGCUCCUGCGAGCGUGGCGUGGAGCAUUCUUGAUUGCUUUGCGCGCAUAUAUCCGCACGGCGUACCUGUAUCGGUGACGAAAACGACGAAGCCUCUUCUGCUGAAUGCAGAUGGCACCCCGAGGAUGGUUUCGAAGAAGGUAAGCAGCACACAAGGGUAUGGUCCGAAGAAGAAAGGGCGCGUCGAAGACAUGCCCACUCCCCACUACAACGAAACGAAAGUGACUUACGAGGGCGAGCGGAUUUACGCAGUAUUUGAGUAUCUAGCCUUUAAAGCUGGGCUUGACAUCUGGAAAGAGAAAGUGAACGCCGGGUCGCAACCUUUCGCGACUCCCGUUUUUUUCCGUUCGGAGGACGAUUACAAGUCUUGUAAACAUCAUCAUCAUCACGGCGGCGGCGCAGUCGGGGUGGCAGGCAGAAGCGAUUCGGACACGUCUCUCAGGUUUCAUGGCUUGCCGUGUAUGGAUUUCGACACUGGCUCGCCGUGUACGGACGUCGUCUUGGAGAAAUCAACAACGCAAGGAAUUCAGUUCCUACACAGCGUCACUCUUAUGAGUGCCUAUGAGACACCAUUUUUCGUAGCAGAAGGACAGGGGUGGACAACUUCUGCUUCUCGUGCGACAGCAAGUUCCUCCACAGAAGAACAUCAAAAGGCGAAAAUAGAUCGAGACCAAUCAAAUAGAAAUACAAAAACUCGACGAUCCGAGCAACAAGAGGACUACCCUCGUCUCGCUGUUCAGUCCAUGGGCCUCGUCCAUCUGGCUUGCGUAGGCAACGAGAAGAACAAUUUGCAAGCCCAAUUCAAUCUUCCAGGGUUUCCGAAAGUUGUCUUAGGCCAGGAAGAAGCCCACCAAGAAAGUACGUCGAAUUAUUCGCUUGGGCAAAUCGGUAGCGCUCCUCCACAGCACGCUUUUCGCUACGUGGUGUUUUACGACUACAUCGGGACUAAGCGGAGGGCAUCAAAAAGCAAUGGAUGGGUUCUCGCUCGUCUGAGGGACGAGGACUUUGCGGAGCUUUGCGGGAAAGCGCAAAACUUUGCGACUGUGCUUUCGGAGGCAUGUGAGAAAGGUGCGAAGCAAUAUGACACGGACCACCAGAACAAGUCAGAAGAUUUUUCAGCAACAGGCACGAAAAUAAAACUACUGUCGGAAGGUCUCAAAGAUACUUUUCGCAACUUCAGCUACACAGAACUGUGCGCCUUCGAGUGGAAGGAAACGCUUAGUAGCGCCGCUAAAAAACCUGCUGAAGGCUCGCCGUGGUUCCUGGAUGAUCCAUCGGGACUAUGGACUUGGACUGGAAGUAGCCGUUCGAAGUCUAUGUCUACUGCGUUGGCUGUGGAUGCGGAUAAAAAACCUGUCCCCGCGUCUUGCUCCCUGGCCCUGUCUGCCGUCAUUUUGGUCAAGGGGCGCGUUCCGUUGGGAAGUGCGUGGUCGAAGGCGAGCGACUACGCCACAUUGCGGCCAUCGGGGGGUGCGCCGCUGUUCGAUUUCCCGUCUCGUUGCCUGGGUGGUGCUUAUUUACUCGGAAAAGCCCCGGGGGCAUCUAAAGUGCUUCGCGAUUUGCAGGACCGCAUCCCGCCCACUAUGAUUUUGGCCAAUAUUGAUGACAGCGCUAAGAAAGACAGCGACCGGGAGAAUGAAUCUAGAAUGCCUUCGCUGGUCUACGGACACACCGCAGCGCAUGCGCUGCUCGUUGGUCUGAAUUUCGAGAAGCUGGUCGCCCCCGGGAAUCUGUAUUGGGCAGAGCGCGCUGCCGCGGUUCAACAUCUUUUGCGGCACAAGAUCAACGGGCGAGAAAAGAACAAAGACAAAGACGGUCUCAAAUAUUGCAAAACGGCAACAUGCUGUUAUCAGCCGCGCAAUCAUUCCUCUCGCUUUUGUUGUGCAGCAUGCGAGAGCAGCGAUGGACUUGAGCACCUUCUUUGCGAUGCCCGCGUCUCCCCGGAAUUCGAUCAAUAUGUUUGCGAACCAGCUGAUUUGCUUUUUGACCCUCUACGUAACGAAAGGACCGUCUCAAAAACCUUGUAUAAGAUGGAUCACCGCACGCACACCAAGUAUCACAUAUUCGGUCAGCUUCUUCGCCACGGAAAUUCUUUGAACGAGGCACUCGCGCCGUUCCUGCAGAGCGAUUCGUCUGGUCGACAGGUGUUAAACUCGUUGUUGAUAGCAGCCCGCUCUUCCGCAGAUCGAUCCAAACAUGUACCUGGGUGUACUAGCUGUUUCCAUUUUCUGGUAGAAGAUGGGAAGCACGUUGAUCUGAACACGGUUUGGGCACGAACACUGUUGCGUGCUAUCCUAAGAACAGCUUCCAGUUCCACAACAACGCAGUUGUCGAACUUGGUGAACGAAGAUGUCGAGGUUGAUGAGACUGCACCCGACUUCGUCAAGCUCAACGUCAACAACGAAGAAGAAGCGGAGGAAAUGUUCUUCGAGCGCGCAUUCCUAUGCGAAGGGGUGUUUCGCCCAGACGUGCAGACGGGAGAGAGUGCUGUUACUAAGUACAUGCUCGAGUCGCACUACACGCCUGAAGUGAGAAAUCCAGGUGCGGGAGUUGGCACUUCUCCGGUGACCACUCCCAAGACGAUUGUUAACAAAAUAGGCACUCUCCUUCGCCAAGUACGAAACAGUGCAACUUGUGCAGGAGCAGCAGGAGCGAACCUGCCAAGUAGACAAAUGGAAUUAUUGCUCAAGUAUCUGCGGGAAUACGAACAUCCAUUGAGCGGAGAAACUCUCUGGCAUCUCGCGUUUCGUGCACACCUAAAGAGCAGCAGCCAAGGUGGGGGAAUUCUUACGUAUCAGCCUUUUCUGACAUGUCUGCAAGCAGAAAUCGCGGCACCUCUAAUCCCGUAUCGGCGAACGCAGCCGCUGGUGCUGCAUGAGAUGUUGAAACCUGAGAACAGGAAAAGAUUCUUGCCAACAUUGUGGAAACAUCAUUUGGACCUGUGCAUCGCUGAUUACAAAGCGAAAUUUCUCUCGGGUUCGGUCAACAGCGGAGCAGCAGAGGACGACGUCGAAAUGAAGAUGUUGACAGAUGAUGAGACCUAUGGUGAGCAGACCUCCACCAACGAGCGAGGAGACCGAGAGGAAUGGAUGUUUUUCAAUCUACCCACAGCAGACGGGAUGGAGACGGCUGCUUCGCUCCUUUUUCAUCCGCAGAUACAGGGACCAUGGUCGACAUCAGAAGCGGGGGAAGAUGAGAGCAAUGAACAUCCUUUAGUGAUGGCGAUCCACGCGUUCGAAGCCCUCAUGCAGGAGGAUGCGUUCGUCACAAAGGCAGCUGCUGUCCGCCAAGAGGCGGAAAAAUUGCGAUACGGCACAAGGAGGUUCAGGAGCAGCAGCACCACAACCCUUCUGGAGGGUUGUGGUAACGAGAGAGAGACGAGAGGAGAUAGCGCGAGAGCGGUACAUGCGCUUAUUCAGCAACAGCUUCCAGAUCCCUUUGACUUGGCCGCCCUCACUUCGGCAGCUGCGUGGUCGUCUGGGCAGCAUGAGCAUGCUAGGGGAGGAGCAUCAACUUCAGCAGAUGGGCACGCGAGCGUCACUCUACACGUGAAUCCAGAGACAGCCACACGAGCCCCGCUCUUCGAAGCCGUUCGGAAUGUAAUUGACAACGACUCUUGCGAUACGACGCUCGGACGCCUGAAAGCGCUGCUAAACCACAUCAAGUUUCGAGCGGAGAGGGGCUUGUCUCCGUGGCUUAUUUCCUCAUUACGUGGCGUCGAGAGAAGUGGCAUGUUGGAUACUCAACAAACCGAGCUGAAGUUGGCGGUUCCACUGAUUAACAUGCCACACGUUUUGAGUGGCGAAACGCCGCUGUCGUACGCUGUCGGCGCUCGCAACAUUCCGCUCAUCCAGCUUUUGCUGGAACACCGCGCGGACCCUUGCUUUGUGCAUUCGACGACGCAGAACUCUUUGUUGCACUUGUCGUCACGGAAUCGACACGCGCACGCUGUGAAAAUCCUGCUCGAAGCGAUCGGCGAACAAAAUUCGAGCACAAGCUCAUCUUCUGCGAAGAUUGCCGAGGACAAUUCUCUGGCCCUACAAAAACUCCUUUCCGCUCCAAACGGGCGCGGAAAUACCCCGCUCCAUCUGGCUGUCAUGCACGCUGCAGAGGAGGAUCAGUUCGAGGUUGAAUAUCUGCUAUUGUCAAAGUGUGCCAAGUACAUGUCGGACCUGUCGGAAAGAUCAUCAGACCCCAUCAUGUUUGAGCAUCUUCAACUUCAACAUAUAGAAGAAGCCAAUGCAACAAGCCAAAGCCUGCCUCCUGCAAAACGGCGUCGAACAACCGAUCAUCAAAGAGCUACUGAGGGAUCGUCCCUGAAGAUUGAUCGUAGUCCGCUCUCCGCCAGCACCGCUUCCACUAGUAGGAGAAUUCCGAAUCUUCACUCGGGGUCGGGGGUCGUGGCAGUGGACGCAUUCCUCGAGAAGCUGGUGAAUGCGGGAAACAGUUUGGGAGAUUCGCCUCUGCUUGUCUCCUUCACAAAGGCGGCGAACCCGAUGGAGGCGCUUUCCGGUCUGAUCUCCAAGAAGGCGGACAUUCAUGCGACGAACUCGGUUGGGCGCACACCGCUCAUGUACGCCGCACUAAGCGGCGGCAGUACAGCGGCAGCCAUGCUGCUCAAGCGCGGUGCGCGCGUCAACCAGCGGGACGUGUACGGUGCGACUGCGCUUAACUACGCAAUUCUGCAGAAAGACGAGACCACGGCGACUUUGCUGAUACAAGAGGGC